UUCGCCCCCUCCCCAGCACCCACCCUUCCAUUUCAAAUGCUUAAAAAAAAGAGAAGAGAAAGACACUGAAAAAAGGAAACAGGAUGCUGCUUUUGUUCCAACGCUAUUCCAGGGAGACCUGAACCUCUCCACCUGCCUGUGAAUUGGCCACCUAAAGUACUGACAGACGUGAGACUUCUUUUGCUGAAAUGUGAGCCUCAAUAACAGAUACACGAGUACCUGACAGAUAACCUUUGAAAUGGAGGCACAGAAGCAUCCUGGUCUGACAGCUGCACUAGCAGACCAGCCACUUCCAACCUCUUCUCUUCAGCCUGCACAGGGUCCUUCAGCUCUCAGCCAAAGCAGUGCGGUUCCUCCACAGGAACAAGCACUGCCUCAACCUGUGUAUCUAAAAGCCCUCACCAUUCCCCUGUACCAGCCUGUCCAGCCAGGAUGCUUUCAGCCAAGCAGUCAGCUAGUGGCUGGCAGGAGCUGUGGAAACCUGGAUAGCAGUAAUAUACCUCUGAUCCUGAACCCACUUGUUCCUUCCGAAGGCACAGAUCAGCCCCAGUCAGUGUUUCAGAAACAACUUGGGCAAACUCUCACAUUGAACAUAGUGAGCACUUUACCUGUUUUAUCAUCACCGAAUUCUUCUGUCGGCGCACCUAUCGGAAGCCCAGGAAAAUCAAAAAAUGCUGGGAAAUAUAUCUGUAAGCACUGUGGUCGAGACUGUUUGAAGCCAAGUGUCCUUGAGAAACAUAUUCGCUCUCACACAGGAGAGAGACCCUUCCCAUGCACCACUUGUGGUAUUGCAUUUAAAACUCAAAGUAAUUUGUACAAACACAGAAGAACUCAAACACACGUCAACAACACCAAACUACCCUCAGACUCUGACAACACCGGUACACUGGAGCAAAAUGAGAAAGCAACAGAGAGCAUCGCGUCACAGCAAGGCACCAAAGGACAUGGUAGCAGCUAUGAAGACCGGGGGAUGCAGGUGAAACAGGUGACUUUGGAGACCAGUGCUGUAACAGACAGUAAGAAACUUAAUGACCUUUCAGUGCCAGCAACAAGCAAUUCGUCAAUAUUUUCAGAAAAUCAAGAAAGAACUCAUCAGUCUUUUAGUUCAAAGACUGAUCAGGAAGUUUCUGAAAAAGAACCUCCAAGUUUAUCAUUUCCAGUUGCCUUGCCAAAUGGUCAGUGCCAGAUAAAGAAGAUGCAGGAGCAAAGAACUCCAGCUGCCAACAAGCACAUUCAGUUGCAAAGGCAGCAAGCAACAUCUUCAGAAAAACAGUGGGAUUACAAGCCAUUUGACUGCAAGCUAAAGAAGUGUGAGAGCACCGACUCAGGGUAUCUGUCACGCUCUGAUAGCACAGAACAACAGUUGGCAUCCUCCAGCCCGCUGCACAGCCUCUGUGAGCACAGCACUGAACUGGAAAACGAAACUGCUGUCAGCAGCUCAAGGUGCACGGCCGGAAGCAGUGCAAAGUCAGAGCCAGCUGAGAAAGCUACAGCCUUGAUGCUAGAGAAAAAGAGGCUGGAGGAACACAUUUCCAAACUUAUUUCUCAUAACAAAAUUGUGGUGGAUGACACUCAAUUAGACAAUGUUAGGCCCAGAAAAACUGUCCUUUCUAAACAGGGAAGCAUAGAUCUGCCAAUGCCUUAUACAUACAAAGACUCUUUCCAUUUUGACAUCAGGACUUCUGACACCAACAGGAAAAAGAACUUCUCUCUUUGUUCAGCAAAAUCCACCUUAGCACCCCUAGAGAAAUGCAAGCCCAUGUUUUUUCAUUCCGUCCCCACACAGUUCUCCACAACGAUAGAUGCUGUGCCUGUCACACGAAGCAACUCCCUGCCAUUUGUGGAAGGCACGAGAGCGGUGCAUGACAACGCAGGCUGCUCAAAACCGCUGUCUCUUACUAAGCAGUCUGUAAAUACAGGCGCUGCUGCUUUGCUGCCUAGCAACAACCCCAUUGCAAAUUCGGUGGAUUUUCCCAGCAGCCAUCCUCGAGCUCUAGUCAGACAGACAGCAGUGGAUGACGUGCCACUAAGUAACGUGGCUGAUCUUCCUCCCUCGGAGGAGCUGCAGAUGAGUGCGAGGCUUGGGACUGGAGAAACAGUCAGCACUAAAAACAAGAAACACAAUCAAAGGAAGCUAAAGAUGUUCUCGGAAGAAAAAUGGCAAAUGUAUGGAGAUGAAACCUUUAAGAAAAUCUACCAAAAAAUGAAAAGCAGUCAACAUGCCAGGAAAAUCAAAGAAAGGGGGAAUAAGAUUGCAGAUAUUACAGGCUCCACUCCUGAUUCAAAGGAAUCAGCCAGCAGUACUGACACUGCUGAAGAAAAAGAUGUCAGGACCUCUGCAAGUGACAGCCUUUCCUCCCUUGUGACAACAGAAUUAAACACUGUUAAAUCAGAAAAUGGUACAAAUGGUAACCAGAUUCCACACAGCGCGUCCUUAGAGGAAACCACAGACAGUUUAACCUAUGUAAUGGAGACAUCACAUUCAGUAAAUGCGAGUGCACAUACUGCAGUGAGCAAAGCUUCCCAAGAUCCCCAUGGCAGCGACACAGACAAACACACGGGUGGCAACAACACGUUACCAGCUCCAAGCAGUCGAGAGUGCAGGCUGCAAAAUACUCAGUGUCAACCCGACACUAACAGAAUGAAGGAUGACUGCUUGCCCGUAUUGAGUAGCAAAUGGGAAGAAUCAAGUCCUGGGAAAGAAUCCAGUACAUUUAAAUCAGAUUAUAAAAGCACUUCAAACAAUUAUGGAAACCAUAACAGGAAUCAGGAAACUGUCCGGCAUGCCUUGAUGCCCCUGUGGCUCCACUGCAGCAACAGAGAAUCCUUAGGGAAAUCCCAGAAUUUACCAUCAGAAAGAAAAAAGCUGAAAGUUGAAGUGGAGAAGAAAGAAAACAUUAUUUCAAAGUGCUACCCUAGGCCCUGUAGUGAAAGCAGUGCAGUAAAUGAAGCAGAGACUGCCUGCUGCACUAUCGCUCUGUGUCUUUCCACAGCACCAGUGAAACUCUCCAGUAAAACAGAGGAGCAAAACCUAAGCACAAGAAUAAACGAAUCAGCUGGAGGUGCUGAGAAUGUAGAUUGUGUAAAAACAAGCAGACUCCCCACUGGAGUCGUUCAUUAUGGUGACAUUAACCCUCUUUCACAUUCAGCAGAGAUCUCAAAAGCUUCAUCUGUGGGAUUUUUGAGGUCUGACUUCAGGGGAAGUGAUUGCGAUACUUUUGCUUUGCACAACACAACAGAUGUCAAAACGUGUCUUGUGAAAACAGGAGCACCACUUUUCAGUGACAGCACUGCUAAAGCAUCUUCCAAAAUCCAUCAUCUGCAAUCUGGUCAGUUAACUCCAGACCCAUCGAAAAAUGCUUUUUCUCCAAAAUAUAUCCUUAAAUUGCCACAAGACCAGAGAAACUCUGAUCUGUCGAUUCUGCUUCAAUCCGAACAGAUUACACCUCGUCCUUCUGUGACAGAUUCCUUAACCAACCCACCCUGCUCUUCUGACAGCAGAUCACCCUGUUCUCAUUCCAGUGAUGUGCUUUGGUCCCCUUUAAAAUUUGAAGUGAGACAAAAAGGCAGCAAAGGAGAGCUACGAUGGAACUUACAUGCAAACUGGAAAACUCCAGUAUUGUGCUCACCAGUCAGCUCAGAAACAACAAAUAUCUUAACAACAGUAGAUGGCACCUUUUAUAAGGAGGAAAUUAUGAGAGGGGCUUGGAAAAGCAAACAGAAUAAAAAUAAACUGAAUUAUCAAAAACAAACAGAAGGGAAGUGGGUGAGCAUAGCUACUUCAUCAGCACAAACCCCAAAGAAGAAGAUAUGCUUUACUUCUAUGUAUUCGAGUGGUUUUGUCGUAUCAGCCGACAUCACAGAAGAAAAAGUUUUACAUCAGCUUUGCUCAGGAGGUGACUCUUUGAUGACAGCAUCAGGCCGAAGGGAAGCUUCUAGCAAGGAUGCAGAGUCAACAGUCAUGGGGUGGGACACAGGUGGAAGCCCAGGGAUUCUUAAGGACAUGUCACCAACAUCAGAGGAUACGGAGCAGACUCGGAGAUCAAAAGAUAGCUCCACUUAUUUGUGCCAUUCCUUUGGCACUUUUCACUGCCACGCUCUCACCACUCACUGCGAGGAAUUCCCAGCGCUGCGCAGCAAUAGCCUGACUUCCUACUCCGAAAGUUUUACAGUGCUGAGCACCAAGAGCACCUUCCCAUCACUAAAUGCUGAAACUCGGUUAACCUGGUGCUGUUUAACAAAAAGCCUUCCUCUGCCUGCUGAGCAGAAAGGGAAUGCAGACUCUGCUUAUUCCUCCAUGCACAUCCACAAGGAGUCCAGCAAUGAGUGCGCACUGUCAAAAUGUGAUAUUUCUAUUUUCAAAAUGAAAAACGUUAGCAAGACUGUGGCCUCCAGCUUAACAAACAAGAGCUUAAACACACUGCCUUCAUCCUUUUCUCAAGGACAGCAGAUGCAGGAGUUAUGCGCAGCAGCUCCUGCUGGUGCUUUCAAAACCAUAUCAGAGAAAAAGAAGAAACCAUCAGUUUGCAAAAAGGAAAAACCAGCAGCAAAUAAACUCAAGAGGAGCCACAAACAGAAAAAAAUUAAAAUCCCCCCCAAAUGGUACAGAGGAAGGCACAUACAUGGAUACACUCAGCUGAAAAUGAGCCGACUGAACAGGAGACGCUGUUUUCCAAAUAGAACACUGGAUGUUUUGAAAAAGGGCUGCUCAUCACAAGCCUGUACAUUUAACCACUGUAAGAAGUGCCAUUCUCCUCAGUCAAAGGUUCAAGAAAAUUAUCUACACCAGCAAAAGGACUCGUCUUGCUCUGCCUCAGACAAGCUGCUUUGCAUAAGGAAGAAAGAAGGAAAAAAUAACUCAGGAACAUUUUCCCACAUUGAAAACCUUACCCACGUUAAGCAAAAUGACACAGAGGAUAAACAAGACAUUUCUGGGAAAAUCAGGGAACACACCAGAACAAAUUUCUCUUUUCAGACCAUUGCACCUCUGGAAGUACCUAUGGCAGCUCAUUCCCUUCUGUCCUCAGUCACUACAGCCAUGCAGGAAGUCAGCAGUGAUGUGGAACCUCGCUGUUCAGUGACACAACCACUUGUGCUUCAACAGUCGGUUCCAGAGGAGUCACAGACAAAUGUUCAGACAGACUCAAUGGCAUCUUUUUGGUCCUGUCCUUUUGGUCUUACAAAUACAAUCAAAGGUGGCCAAUCUAUCAGCACAAACUCAGAGACUUCUUGUCCCCUUUCCUUAAGUCUUGAGGUAAGACAGGAAAGCGUACCAAGUGUAGAGUUAGAGAUUCAGAGCUUUGGUACGUUAGAUUCAAUGAUUCAGGCCUCAGGAAGAGCAGAAGAUCAAACUGAAGAAAAUACAUGCUCAUCUUCCAAGGAAAACUCAACUCACAAUUCCCAAGCUAGAUGUUUGCAUUCACUGGGAUCAAAAGCAGAAUCUCAUCUUGAGUCAGUCUCUGUGGCUAAAUUAUCCCAUACAGAAUGCACAGAGCAGGAGAACUCUCAAAAAAUCCUUCACCUUCGUGGAGCUGCAGCCAAGAAUGGAGCCCACCAGCAGACAGAGACCUAUGGGAGGCAGCACGAAACAGCUUCUACAUUUAAAAAGCCCUCAGUAACACUCAGGUCCCCUGAAUUCAGUAAUUUCUCAGCAACAGCUUCCAAGACAUACAAAAAGAGAGGUUUAGAAAUGAUGAGGAAGCAAAUCAGAGUUGAAUACGAUGACACUAGUAGCGAUGAUGAAGAUAGGCUUGUUAUAGAAAUAUAAAUAGGCUGCUAGUAGCACGCUUGCAUGAUGGCCCAUUACAUAGGAAAUACCAGGUAUGUUUGUAUUUCUGAAGCACUUUAGGAUCAGGAAAGCCAUUCCUCCGUGCAGCAUUCCCUUCUCAAGAGAGUUCUUUAUUCAAAGGACUCAAAACUUUAAAAAUAAAACUUAUUUGAAACAAAAGGGGAAGCUUGCAUCAUAUACUUCAAUGGAAAUAUUAAGCUUGCAUUUAUGAGGGGUUUCUAGCAUUGUUAACCUUAUUACCAGUCUCACCUCGUGCCCAGAAGCACUAGCUGCCAGUGGUUGUAUUAUUAAAAGCCUGCAGUGUAUUUAUGUAAAUACACACACCAACAGGAGCAGCAGCUAAGAUUUCCUGGAAGAAUAUGGAUAUACUCCUAUAUACUCUUUUUUUGUAGUCACUGCUAGUUGUUCUGGGAGUGACAAACUGGCAUUCAGGGGAAGAUGGAUUCCCUAAGUGUAUGUGAUCCUGAAGGAGCCUGCAAAAAUGCUGAUCUUUCUCCAUGUUGCACAAAUGUCAAUGCUUCGCUGUGACAAACGUCACAAGCACGCUUUGGUUUGUGUUCUGUGCCUUUCAUGCCAAUAUCUACUCAAAUAUUCUCGAUUUCUAGUUGGAAAACAUGGAUGUUCGCUAUUGGUACCUCCUUGUGGUAAAAGAUCUGACAGGCUCUUAGAUGUAACUGCAGUGAUGCUAUUUUAUUGACAGUGAAGAAACUAUUAAAAAAAGCUGUUCCAUAAAUUGUGCUAACAACCCCAGAUUUACUGGUUUCUUUGUGAAUAAAUAAUUAGUCCAAAUUUGA